ACGGUUUACGCCACAAGAAGUUUCGCACCAGCGGAAACAUUGUUGUCGCCCUGACAGCACUGAGCAUUUCAGCAUAUAUAUGUCUGCUGGUCCUCACCCUCAAGCUGGCCAAGUGAGGUUGGGCUGUUCUGUUACUAGAGUACCGUACUUCUGUCCUGCUCCGAACAAAUGUAUCAUUCAUAGCACGACGCUAUGCCAAAAGGGACAUCAAUCUCGGGGGCUCCACAGGACUACGUCAGGAAAUCUGGGGAAGCGCCUAUCGUGUAUAUACUCGUGCAAAUCCAAAUUCCAAAAGGAACCUACGUAGGCUGGUCGCCGUCAGUUAUAACCGAAUUCUGCAAAUGCUAUUCUGUCGUCUUUUGUCCAUCGGCAUCGGGACUCGGAGCGUGGGGGUCUGGGUGUAAGCAGCAGCAACAGCACCGACGUCAGGCGGGGUGCGUUGUGGCUUGGGAAGGGACGCGUGCACCGAUUGCCUUCCGCUGUCCUAAUCUCAGUUGUACGGGGGGAAGAAGACAAAGAAAAGCAGAAGAAGAGAAGAAGACAUUCCAAUAAGAUGAUACGUCAUG